CGAACGGGAAAAUCUGACUCUAUGGUUAUUGUUGUUAGUCCAUUGACAGCGUUAAUAGACUCUCAAAUUGAAAAACUGAAAGCAUGCGGACUUUGUGCUAUCCACUUGACCAGUGAAGUAGAAUCCAUUCCACCACAAUGCAAAUACUUAUUUGCCAGUCCAGAAACCCUUUUGACAACCAACAGACAUCAGCUCCUGACACCGAGGGUACAAAACUCACUUGUGGGAUUUUUCAUUGAUGAAGGACAUUGUAUUAUCAAGUGGGGAAAGAAUGAUGCUAAAACAAAGAAAGCCUUUAGAGGACAUUACGCACGCUUAGGGGAGGUAAGAUCACUGCUUCCAGCAUCUGUACCUUUGGUAGUAAUGACUGCAACUGCCACUGCUGCCGCAAGACGAGACAUUGUCAAACUGACUGGAAUGCACAACUACGCAGAAGUCGUGUUGUCGCCAAACAGAAGGAAUAUUAGGUAUUCGGUCGUUCAUCUUCCGAAAUUUGACCUAUAUGCUGCUUUUAAGCACAUAAUUGAUGAUAUCGAGGAUAAUAAUACAUCAGCAGAACGUGUUAUUGUGUACUGUAGAAAGAAGGAACAUUGUAGUGACUUAUUUGAACUAUUUUCUACAACACUUGGAGAGAAAGGGUUUGCAAAUGGGACAUUUGGGGAUGACAGGACAAGGAUGUAUGCCAUGUUUCAUUCCAAAACACAAGAUGAUGUGAAAUCUUCUGUGCUAAAAUCCUUUUCUGAAGAAAAUGGACAUGUUAGGGUUGUGUUUUGUACCGUAGCAUUUGGUAUGGGAAUUGAUGUUAAAGGAACAUAUUGUGUGGUUCAUGUUGGACCGUCUAAUUCUAUUGAGGACUAUCUACAAGAGAGUGGGAGGGCUGGCCGUGAUGGCAAAUCACAGUCUCAUGCAGUUCUCAUCACUUAUCCACGCUGUACAUCGGGAAAUGUGAGCGAUGAAAUGAAAGAUUACUGCAAAAAUACAGACUGUAGAAGAAAAAGAUUGUUAGAACCAUUUAAUUUUGUGGAGGACUACAGUGACAUGGGGCAUAAAUGUUGUGAUUUGUGUUCUAGCUCAUGUGACUGCUUAGACUGUUAUCAGUGUACAUCAAGUUUAGAAAAAAGUCUAAGGACAAUGUUAAGUACAGAAAGUGCAGAAAAUAUUAUUCAUCAUGUGACACCAAGUCAAAAACUAGAUAUGCAGUCAAAAUUACUUGACUAUAGAAACACUUUAGUUGAUGAAAGAACACUAUUUCAUGGUAUUGACAUUAGUACAGGAUUUACUAGGGCAUUAAUUCAUGAUGUUGUUAAGAACGUAGGCAUUGUUUCAGGUCCAGAUAUACUUAAGGAAAAGUUUAAUUUCAUAUGUCAGGAACAUGUCAUUGAAACAUGGAACAUUCUGUGUGAAAUUCUAGAAAAUGACUCUUUGUCAGACUCUGAAAGUGUUGGAUCCUCGAGUGAUUCAGAUACAGAAACAAUUACAAAGCAUUUUAGACGUAGACCACUGAUACUGAGUUCUGAUUCUGAGUAAUUGUAUAAUGACAAAUUUGUAUUUGUCUUUAUUAAGGCUAAGAUCAUAAAAUCUUUAAACAUUUUGUUGAAGGCUAAUGUUUUUCAGCUCCUAUUCAGCUGUGUAGAGUAUUUUAUACUAGAGCUGUCAUUAAUCCAUUGCAAAGCAUAUCGACUAAACAUCAAUAUCAGAUGACAAAUAUCAGUGAUACACUGAUAUAUUGAUAUAUACUCGUAAUUUCUUGUAUAUAAUUCACUUUUAUACCUGUUUAAAUAAUUUUAUUAAAUUGAGCCGUGUCAUGACAAAACCAACAUAGUGGGUUUGCGACCAACAUGGAUCCAGACCAGCCUGCACAUCCGCGCAGUCUGAUCAGGAUCCAUGCUGGUCGCAAGCACAUUAUGUUGGUUUUGUCAUGACGCGGCUCAUAUGUUCUGUUCAUGUUGUGUCCUGUUUAUAAAUUGCAUUUGUAUGAUUUUUUCCUAAUAUUUUUUUUUGUGAUCACUGCUAUGAAAUGUGUCCAUUAUGUAACAGCAGCUUAAUGUAAGACAUGGCCACCUGCUUUUGUAUAUAAUUACGGUGAAUUUUCAUAAUUCAUAGACAUUAAAAUAAUUAACCAAAAUUAUUGAUUGUUCAAAUGAGUAUCAAUUAUUAAUCGACAGAAAGGUUUCAACAAUACAUCAAUAUUGUCUCUAUUUAAUGACAGCUUUAUUUUAUACUGGUAUCUGUACAUUAUGUGAUGUUUCAAUAUUAGAAUUGUUUGUGUAUUUUUACUGUGUAAGGUGGUAAAUGAUUACAUGUAAAUAUACAUUUUGUAAAUUGUGAAAGUAAAAAUUUAUUCCAAAGACUUGGUUCAAUUCUACUUUACAUGUAUCUUAGAAAAGAAAUAUGUCCUGGCAGUUUUGGUCGUGAGAUGUUGUACAGGUGAUGAAAUUAUAUUGGCCAAAUGAAAACCUUAUUCUGAUAAACAUUUUUGGACGAUAGUUAUUCAAGAUUAAGGUAGUUUCACUGUAAUGCUUUACCUUCAAAAUAAAUCUAACAUAGGUCAACAUCGUAACAAAUCGAUUAUUUGUAAUUUCAUUAAUUUAAUCACUCUUCCUUUAUCCCUAUGUACUAAAUUCUGGUUAAAGGUGGUUUAAAAUUAUUGAAUACAGAAGAUUAUAAAAAAUAACAUUCCAGAAAUGACUGAUUUACAAUAUUGGCCGAUGUUAGAUUUUUUUUGGCGGAAAAGCAUUCAGUAAGACACAUUCAUGCAUGUUAGGUAAUGCCGAAAUUGCAAGAUGAACAAGUUCAUCAUACAAAUAAAAGGCGACAAUAUGGACUUCCAACAAACAAGAGAACAUUUUCACAUAAAAUAGAAAAGCAAAUACAAUUCUGAACAAAUUAUAAAAUUUUAAUCAUCAAUGCAUAAAAAUGUCAUCAUUGUUUUACAUUAUACAAUCUAACAAUCAGUUAAUGUGUAAAAGUAAAGUACAGAGACAUUCUUUGUUCACAGUUAAACAUCCCUUAUGGAAUGACAUACUAUAUAGUAAGUUUUGUAUCAUAUAAACCACUAUACAUGUAGUUGCAAUGAAGGCAGAAAUUCAAUGAUAUGCAUUUUCAUCGAAACAAAACGGAUAAAUAAAUAAAUAAUGGAUGAGUAUUUUGGAAAAGUUUUGUGACAUAAAAACAAAUGAU